UUGGCUUGGAUAUGCUUUCUUGCUUGACUACUCUUUCAAUUACAUCUUGAAAAAAAAUGCUAACUUAGAUUAUUUUCAAAAGUGACAAUUUUUUUUUAUCUUUCAUGAAUAAUUGUCUUUAUCUUUUUAUUUGAUACUUAAAACAAUGUAUACUUUUACUUAACAUCUAUUCAGGAACUUGGAAUCAACUCAAAUCUAGAUGUCUACUGUGUCACAGUCAACUGAAGAAACUGACAACUCUCAAGAGAGGCACCUUGAAGAGAGCUCACCACAUGUGUCUGAUAGAGAGCAAUCUACUUUGCAGGAACCGACUGGGGAGUUGUCUUUAUCUUCCUCAGAUGAAACUAUAGAAUCUCAGCAAAAUACAGCGAUUUCUGACCAGGAUGCUACUCAACCUCAAUCGUUUUCACCUCAAGGACACCAAGAUGAGUUUGGAAAUGAUGCUGCAAGCACACCACAGUUAAGCCCUCCACAAGCAGAUAUUUCAUUCCUUUCUGCAUCAGCUGCAUCAGUGGAGUCAUCUCAACAAGAUCUGCAAAUUUCUUCACUCAACCCUGAUCAAGACAUGAGUUUUAACCAUAGAAAUCAUCUAAGUGUUCCUUCAGCAAAUGACAUGAACAUUCCAAACCAAUUCAGUGUUCCUUCACACAUCGCUGAACACUUGAAUCUGUCUCAAACAAUGGAGAUGAUGAAUCAUGGCCGUAUGUUCCCCAUCAAUCAACCAAUGAGAAGUUUGGGGAGUUCUUCUUUUGGGGUCAUGAACCCUUAUCAUCUUCCCAUAUCGAACUUGCCACCAGAAUUUCGCUUGGAAUCAUCCUCAAGGCUUCAACUCCCCCAGAGCCAGCAACAAGACUUGCAAACAACACCAGAAACUGGGGAUGGUGGAAUCCCUUUCAUGAGCAAAAAAUGGACUAAUUGGCAUUUCCAGAACCAAAAUACCAUGCAGCAUGAGCCUCCAACUGCAGCCAGGACUCAAGAAAUUCUAGUCCAGGAAAUGAUGAACCAGAUUACUGGACAAAGUGUUUUUUAUCAGGGCACAAGCAUUUCAAAUCAUCAUGUUCAAGUCCCCAACAUGCCAAUUCAACAUGGAAUGAAUCCCUUUGGAACAGGACCAACCCUUCCUAUUCAUCCUGAAGGCUUGUCUGCUAGUGAUCAAAAUAGGGGAAACUUUGUGAACUCGGGCCAGUACGAAGCAGGAGAGUCAUCACUGGGGUCUUCCAAGAUGAAAAUAUCUUGGCAAGAAAACAGCAACUUCUCAGCAUCUUCCAAUCUUCACCUGCCUAGUUGGCUUUCUCCAUCUCAAGGUUCUCUAAGCCAGAACAAUAUCUCACCUGCUCAAAACCCAAGGGCCAGCUCUCUUAAGAACACAGUUUAUGAUCCAUUAUAUGAAGAAAUGGGCUUACCAGUUGACCCUCAUUUACGCGUAUUUGUGGGAAGGCGCGAAACUAGUAAUAAUGAUGAAGAACAUCAAGGGAGUUUCUAACCGUUGGAGCUGUCCUUUUUUCACAAUGACAGCUUUGCAGAACUAAACAUUUACAAGUUUUACAAAAAAAAAAACCUUUAUUAAAAGAAAUAAUCACUCAGUUAGUUCAUGUUUUUUGGUAUUAAAUAUGCUAAACUAGAUAAAAACUUUAAAACAUUAUUUGAGUUACUAAUAAUUAUUUUUUUGCAAUAAUUUGGAUUGUUGUCUAAUGACUGUUAGCCAACUCAAGUAGUGUUUUAUUCCUUUAUAUUUUGUUUGGCUUCCUAUACCAAGUCAUUUGGUUUAUUCUGCAACUUUUUUAUUUAUUUUUUUGAUUGACAGUGCAGUCUCCCUGUAACUUUCGUACUUUUAUGAAUUAUUAAUGUUAGUUUCUAGAUGAUGUUGAACUCAAA